UCAACACCGCAAAGAACCAGUGCUUCUUGGCAGUCGAGGAAGAUGAAAUUUUUUUAUUUUCUUUGUCUUAGGUUUUAGGGUUUCUGCUUGAUUAUGUCUGAUUGCUUUCUUCUUCCAAAGGCAAAAAGAUAGAUUGGAGUUGCAGGGUCUCCAUGGUUGGAUUCUUGUUUAGAUUCCUGCAUUUCAGUCCUUGAGAAAUGAUGUUCUUGUUACCUCACUUCCAUCUCUAUUUAUGAUAUUGGUGAGAGUACUAUUUCUUGUUUCAGAAGCCCUAAGAUGUUUCAGAGGCUAGGAACGAUUUGAUGAAAUAAGUGAAGAGAUCCUUGAAACGAUGAGGAGAGCUUCUGCGGCUGCAAGCACUUUCUCGAUACUCUGUAUGUAGUAAGGGGGAGGAGGAGAACGUGAAACUCUCAGACGAGUUAUCUGUUGGCGGUGUUGCUGCAUUUGCAUUUGUUCUUUCAUUUUGCUGGAAGGAUUUUCUGGGUAAGAUCCUUGUUUGAACUUUGAAGUUUCUGAUGUCGAGAAAAUAGUACAGCGACUGGUUUAUUUCUUUUUCUAGAAAUUUUGGUUUUCGUUCUGAGUUUUUCUGGGAAUCGAGGGGGAAGGGGAGGGGUGGGGGAUCAGAGUAUCAUACGACUUGAACCGCCGACUUGUACGUGCUAGAGAGGGGAAGAACAAUCUUUAAAUCUCGAGAAACCUCUGGUGUGAAAAUCCUUCUCCAUCCUCUUGUUUCUUUUGCUUUUGUUUACGUAAGGAGAAAGAAGAGCAUAUUGGAAUGUUUGCUUCACCUUUGUACUGUGGUUUAAAGGAGGAAAGAAUCACUGCGGUUACUGUUUUAGACAACAUUUGGUGGACGGUAAAUCUUCAAAGCUUCAAAGUUUAGGGAUGUUUCUGAAAUAAGCAUAGAUUGUCUGCUUUUUAGAGCUUUUCAGGUUGGGAACAAACGAUUUGUUCCGCAGACUCGUCGUAGUCUGUGUGUGAGAGAGAGAGAGAGAGAAAGAAGAAGCUUCAAAUCUCAAGAAACCUCUGGUGUGAAAAUCCUACUCCUUCCUCCUGUUUCUUUUGGUUUUAUUCACUAACGCGUCGGACAACUAGGAAAUUACAGAGCAGAUGCGAAUGCUUUCUUCAACUUUUUACUGAGGUUUAGAGGAGGAAAGAAUCACUGUGGCUACUGUUUCAGGCAACAUUGGUGGGCGAUAAAUCUUCAAAGCUUUAAAUUGUACGGAUGUUUCUGAAAUAACCAUAGAUUUUCUGCUUGUGGAGUUUCCCAGGUUGGAUAGCAGGUCAUUGAGGGCGUUUGAAGUGGUGAACAGCUCCGAUCUCGAAACAUCUAUUUUUCUUGUGUUCGACGCUGCCUCUUAUAGAGAGAAGGAUGACAUAGAUGUUUCAGCUUGGGAGACAGGGACCUGUUUCUUAAAUAUUUUCUUCCUGGUGCGUAUCGAGAUUGUUGGAGGUGAAAUUUUGAAGAAGCAGACAGUAACGUGGUUAAUAUCCCCUUCACGGCUUCACCCUCCCCCGGCGGACGUGUUUAAUUACUGAUCCUAAGAAUAGCAGGCUGAUGUUUUGAGUAGAAUUACCAUUGGUUUUAUGCCAGAGGAGAUCAAUCAAUCCGACUGAGCUUCCUGCUUGGCGAUCAAUUUAGUAAGAACUGCUUCGUUUAAUCUAUAAGCUCUUUCUAGUUGACGUUUUGGUUAAGCGGUUCGUAAAGUGGAAGGAAAUCUUUUUUUGGCUUCUGCUAUCUGUGCUUUCUCUGGUUUUUAAGUGAUGAUGGCCGUGACAACGUCCUGCAAGGAGAGUAAAGCUGUACUGGACAAUGGAAAAUAUGUCCGUUACACUCCUGAGCAGGUGGAAGCGCUUGAAAGGUUAUAUCAUGAAUGCCCCAAACCUAGCUCCAUUCGACGACAACAACUUAUCAGAGAGUGCCCGAUUCUCUCCAACAUUGAGCCGAAGCAAAUCAAAGUCUGGUUCCAAAAUCGAAGAUGCAGAGAGAAGCAGAGGAAAGAGUCUUCACGACUCCAAGCUGUUAAUAGGAAGUUGACAGCAAUGAACAAGCUUUUAAUGGAGGAGAAUGACAGGUUGCAGAAGCAGGUGUCGCACCUGGUGUAUGAGAAUGGCUACUUUCGCCAACACACUCAGAGUACUGCUAUUGCCACCACGGAUACAAGUUGUGAGUCAGUGGUGACCAGCGGUCAACACCAUUUGACGCCUCAGCAUCCACCGAGAGAUGCUAGCCCUGCUGGACUCUUGUCCAUUGCAGAGGAGACUUUGACAGAGUUUCUAUCAAAGGCCACUGGAACUGCUGUGGAGUGGGUCCAAAUGCCUGGGAUGAAGCCUGGUCCGGAUUCCAUUGGAAUCGUUGCUAUUUCUCAUCGUUGCGCUGGAGUGGCUGCACGAGCCUGUGGCCUGGUGGGUCUAGAGCCUACAAGGGUUGCAGAAAUCCUUAAAGAUCGGCCUUCAUGGUUCCGUGAUUGUCGAGCUGUGGAUGUGUUAAAUGUGCUGCCCACUGGAAAUGGUGGAACCAUUGAGCUGCUUUACAUGCAGCUCUAUGCACCAACAACAUUGGCACCUGCUCGGGACUUCUGGUUGCUGUGCUACACUUCUGUAUUAGAGGAUGGUAGUCUUGUGGUCUGUGAAAGAUCACUUAGCAACACUCAGGGUGGUCCAAGCAUGCCACCAGUACAACACUUUGUCAGGGCAGAAAUGCUGCCAAGUGGGUACCUGAUAAGACCCUGUGAAGGGGGUGGAUCAAUUAUUCAUAUUGUCGAUCACAUGGACUUGGAGCCAUGUAGUGUACCAGAGGUCUUGCGCCCGCUGUAUGAAUCAUCAACAGUGCUUGCACAGAAGACAACAAUGGCGGCUUUACGUCAGCUAAGGCAGAUUGCUCAAGAGGUUUCUCAUCCAAUUGUCUCUGGUUGGGGCAGACAGCCUGCAGCCCUACGAGCACUUAGCCAGAGGCUCAGCAGGGGUUUCAAUGAAGCUCUUAAUGGUUUUACUGAUGAGGGAUGGUCUAUGAUGGGGAGUGAUGGCAUGGAUGAUGUUACAGUCCUCGUGAAUUCUUCUCCUGGGAAAAUAAUGGGUGUCAAUCUUUCCUUCGCAAAUGGAUUUCCUUCUGUCAGCACUGCUGUUCUAUGUGCCAAGGCAUCUAUGCUUUUGCAGAAUGUGCCUCCAGCAAUACUCCUCAGAUUCCUUCGGGAGCAUCGCUCAGAAUGGGCAGACAACAGCAUUGAUGUUUACUCAGCUGCAGCUGUUAAAGCUGCUCCCUGUAGCUUACCGGGGUCUAGGAUUGGAAGUUUUGGUGGUCAGGUUAUCCUUCCAUUGGCUCACACAAUUGAGCACGAGGAGCUUUUAGAGGUUAUUAAGCUGGAAAACAUGUGCAGCGGACAGGAUGAGACAAUUAUACCUAGGGAUAUGUUUCUCUUGCAACUCUGUAGUGGGGUGGAUGAGAAUGCUGUAGGCACCUGUGCUGAACUCAUUUUUGCUCCAAUUGAUGCAUCUUUUGCUGAUGAUGCACCUCUUUUACCCUCUGGUUUCCGUAUCAUCCCUCUUGACUCUGUGGUGGAUGCUGCCAGUCCAAAUCGCACACUGGAUCUUGCCUCUGCCCUUGAGGUGGGACCUACUGGAAAUAGAGCAUCUGGUGACUAUUCUGGCAACUGUGCUUCCAUGAGAUCUGUGAUGACAAUAGCAUUUCAGUUUGCGUUUGAGAGUCACCUGCAAGAGAAUGUGGCAACCAUGGCUCGACAGUAUGUCCGCAGCAUUAUAUCAUCCGUUCAAAGGGUUGCACUUGCUCUCUCCCCUUCUCAUCUCAGUUCUCAUGGUGGUCUCCGGCCCCCACCUGGCACUCCUGAAGCACAUACUCUUGCUCGCUGGAUCUGUCACAGUUAUAGGUGUUAUUUAGGGGCGGAGCUACUCAAACCUAGUGGUGAAGGAAGUGAAUCUAUUCUGAAAACCCUUUGGCACCACUCUGAUGCAAUUGUAUGCUGCUCAUUGAAGGCUUUGCCAGUUUUCACAUUUGCAAAUCAAGCAGGUCUUGAUAUGCUUGAGACAACCUUGGUCGCAGUGCAAGACAUUACUCUGGAAAAGAUAUUUGAUGAUCAUGGGAGAAAGACACUCUGCUCAGAGUUCCCACAGAUAAUGCAGCAGGGGUUUGCAUGUCUUCAAGGUGGUAUAUGUUUGUCGAGCAUGGGCAGGCCAGUCUCUUAUGAGAGAGCUGUUGCUUGGAAGGUGUUGAAUGAGGAAGAAAAUGCUCACUGUGUUUGUUUCUUGUUCAUCAACUGGUCUUUUGUUUGAACUCACAAAUUCAAUUAGGUGGGGUGAUGCACAAUAGAGAACCCUGGAAUGGCUCAGCGUUUGUUUAGUGUAAGCUACCUGUUGUCUUUUUUGAGAUUGGGCUUGAUGCUUCAAUGGUCUCUUUACUUGCUUACUGUUAACUGAUUUUCUGGUCUUGGAAACACCUUGGUACUUCUAUAUAUUUGUCCGUUGCAUGCUUUGCCUUGUGAA